CGCUGGGCUCCGGGCGGGCUCCGGGAGGAUGAAGCAGGCCCUGGUGGACGACACGGAGGACGUGUCCCUGGACUUCGGCAACGAAGAGGAGCUGGCCUUCAGGAAAGCCAAGAUCAGGCAUCCCCUGGCUACUUUCUUCCACCUUUUCUUCCGAGUGAGUGCCAUCGUCACCUACAUGUGCUGUGACUGGUUCAGCAAGAGCUUCGUGGGCUGCUUUGUUACUGUGCUGCUCCUUCUGUCCUUCGACUUCUGGUCUGUAAAGAAUGUAACUGGAAGACUCAUGGUGGGCCUCCGAUGGUGGAAUCAGAUCGAUGAAGAUGGCAAAAGCCACUGGAUUUUUGAAGCCAGAAAGGUCUCUCCAAAUCACAUUGCCGCCACGGAAGCUGAGGCACGCAUCUUCUGGCUGGGCCUCAUCAUCUGCCCCAUGAUCUGGAUAGUGUUCUUUUUCAGCACCUUGUUUUCCUUGAAACUAAAGUGGAUGGCUCUUGUGAUUGCUGGGAUUUCACUCCAGGCUGCGAACCUCUAUGGCUACAUCCUUUGUAAGAUGGGAGGCGAGAGCGACAUCAGCAAGGUCACUGCCAAUUUUCUAUCCCAGACAGUGUUCCAGACGGUGAGUUGCUGAGGUCUCACCUAGACAAUUACCCUGUAGCCGUGAAGGAGGCUUUGUAAUUCGUGUAACGCUGCUCUCAGCCAGCCUGCCACUGUUCUGCUUUUAUUUUGGUAAAAUUUACACAAAAUUGACAUUUAAACCAUUAUCAAAUGUACAGUUCUUGGCACUCAGUACAUUCACGUCGUGCGGCCACCACCUAUCUCCAGGACACUUUAUGCCUUUCCAAGCUGAAACUCCAUCUAUUAAACAUGAACUUUUCGUCCCUCUCCCCCCAGCCACCACACCACUCUCUGCUUCUAAGCAGCCCAAUCAGAUAGCAUUUGUCCUUUCGUGACAUUCUGGAUGCAUGUUUUUCUUUAAAAUCUUAUAGAAUUAAGGAAGGAAAGUUAGCAGAUGAGUUCACUUCUCCUAGAAGUGAGAAACAGAUGAGUUUUAAAAGUCUGGCCAGGCUCAUCCUGACAUGGUUAAUAAUCUUAAAUUCGAACAAGGCUGUGUGUGCCACAGUAACAAGCCGGCACACCUGCAGGUUUCCCAACCAGCCUGCUCACAAAGCAGGGCAGAGCCUUGGCUGGCUGUUUUCCUGCAGGCCCCUCCCUCCCAGGUGCCUUUCAGAAGCCUGGCUUUGAGGACGUGAAGACUCCCCAGCAUUAGGUGGGAAUGGCUGGGGAGCUCAGAGGAAGAACAGCCACUACUCCACUGUGCCUAAGGUCUAGGUGGCUCCCCAAGUUUCCUGAUGGCCAAGGACACAGCCCGGCCAAAGCCAGACUGUGCCCAGGCUGUGGCCAGGUCACUCUUAACAGGUCCCACCUUCUUCACACAAAUCCAACCAUAUGUGCAGGCAACAAGCGGGGGAGAGAAAGGGAGGGAAAGAACAAGGGGAUCUGCCUGCCCUUCCACGUUACGUCUCAAGAGUGGUAAGGAGAACAGGAAUUUAUUCUUCCCUCUGCUGGUCUCAGUUCCUGUUGGUGGCAUAUGACCCUGGAAAUUACUGGAUAUAUUGUACGCGUAUUACUAAACAGGGCACACACAGACCACAGAUCCUCAUGAAGGGCACUUACGGGCUUUUCAAGGGAGUUUUGAUGGCUCCCAGCUGUGCGGGGUGUGCUGAUCCCAGCACGGGCUGAGUGAGGCUCUGCUGCUGUCUCGACUUCCCUCCAUCUGACGAGUGACAAUGUGGAUGCUGCUGCUUGAAAGCAGCACUGUGUUCUGCAGCGAAACCCCACAUGCAAGCCCUCUGGUUCCUUCCUGGGCUUCCUUUUCAUCUGAGGUAGAGUGGUGUUAGCGGGAGUCCUGUGAUCCUGUGAUCAGGUUGGCUUCUAGCAGCACAGCAUCCCUGGUCCCCAGGCCUUUGGUGUCUGGGAAGAGACUUUGUGGGACAGGUUUGAGGAGCUGUUUUUAUUUUAAAAUGGCGUGUGUAAAGAAGGCCCUGCGGCCGUGUUCUAAAGAAAGUGGACAGAGAGUAGAUGAUUAAAGUGUCUCUGAGAAAGUCACUUCCAAGCAGGCCAGCAUCUGGUCCCUUUAGGCCUGGCACCCCACCUGUGCCCAAGCUACUCAAGUGUGUUGGACAAGCUGCU